GAGGCUCUCGUUCUCAGGGUUCACGAGGGAGGGUCGCAUCGCAGGAGCAAGAGCGCGAGGGGCAGGCGCUUGCCAACGAGAGCUGGCUGUGGAUUUGUGACGGUGUUCGUCCGUGUGCGCAGAGAAUUUGUCCGUGAGAAAUGGCCUCCGCCGCUGCGUUUAUGAGUGUUAAGCCUUGCACGCCCGACAUGUGCCUUUCCGGCUCUUUGAGUAGCUUGGCAGCUCCUUCUUCUCGGGUCGUUUCGUUUGCAAGUCGCCGAGAUUUGAUCCUCCGCGCGUGGCCACGGGGUCCUCGAAGCAACGGGAGGGAGUCCGGCAAUUUUUUUGUGUUUUCUGCUCGAGCAAGUGGGAGCAAUGGGAGCAAUGGCCGGGAUGACAGAGAUUCGCAUGCACCGGGAGCUGGUUAUGUUCCCCAAUCAGAUUUUUACAAGAUUGAAGCUAUCGUCAGGCCUUGGCGUCUCCAACAUGUUGCUUCGGCACUUAUCAAAAUGGGAAUACGGGGAGUAACUGUAUAUGAUGUACGAGGAUUUGGUGCUCAGGGUGGAGCCCGGGAACGAUAUGCAGGAUCGGAGUUCACAGAAGACAGUUUCGUGCAGAAAGUGAAGCUCGAAAUUGUUGUUUCUCAAGAUCAGGUGGAGGCGGUUUUAGCUACCGUCAUUGAGAAUGCAAGAACAGGGGAAAUAGGAGAUGGGAAAGUGUUUAUUUCACCCGUAUCUGAUGUGGUACGAGUUCGGACUGGCGAGCGUGGCCUGAAAGCGGAGAGAAUGGCUGGAGGUCGAGCUGAAAUACUGGGAGUUGUUGAAAAAUGACCAUCUUGGGAAAGUUCAUCAUCUCAGUCAUAACCUGUAUAUUGUGAUGAGGGGAGAGUCAACAAAGUCUCUGGUCUAUGGCAAUCGGAAUCAACUCGAUACCUUCUUUUCUGUAUAUUGACAUUUGACGGAGUUUCAAUUGGCGCUGUGUCAACAUUAGCCUGAACUGACCACAGAAAACCGACCGAGAUGACUGAAGAGAAUAGUCACUGAUAGGUGUAAAUAGGUUGUUCCUUGAAGAUGGGAUGUCUUGUAAAAUUUUCUUCACUCUUGGCGGCUGGACAACGACGUCGUCAUUUGUUGUUUCAAAUCCUUUUUUAUGACAACUCGGCCGAGAGAUGUUAGUUGUCCCUCCACUUGCACAUCUGAUUGCCCUUUCUUAUCUGUAUUUUCUGGGAUCUCUCUGAAACCAGAGGCUGACUUUCGAACCGACUGUGUAAAGCC